GGAAGGAGGUGCAGAGAAAUAACAGGAGGAGAAAGAAGAACAAAGAAGAAGGGGAAGUGUGAGAGAAGAAGGCAGGGAAAGUGUGAGAGAGGUGUGGGGAAGAGAGAGAGCAAAAAAGAAGAGAAAGAAAAGGAUGGGAACUGUGGGAGUGGAGACAGUAUUAAGCUGUUUCAAGGGAUGUGGGAACACUUGCUCUCUGUAAUACAAAGGAAGAGAGAGACAGUGAGCUACACAAGUGAAGACCUACUGAAUUGAUGGCUCCUCUAUCUGGUGCAGACCACUAAUGGAUUAAAGUGGGAGGACGGAUUAAUGUGAACCAAGAGAAACAGCCGUGCAUCGCUCAUUCAAGGACAACAGCAGACAAAAAGGGUGUUAGAGCAAGCUGCCUGAAGUCUGACAGAAUCCAGGAAAGGGUGGGGGUAGGAAGAAAGAGAGAGAGAAAAAAAAUCAGCGCGGAAUGAAAUAGAGAGGUGCAUAAUUGUACAAGCUCGGGACUCACACACCUAACUCCUGGACAAAGACUGGAACAAACUGACUGAUGAUCUGUGUCCACGGAUUCCGUUCUCUUGACACCACCGGCAGCUGUGAGAGAGGUAGUGGGCGGGCAGAGGAGGGGGACAAAAAGAACUAACCCUUGCCCAUUGGACUGAAGGCAGACAAAUCGUUGAUUGAAGAUUUAAACCAGGAACUGGAGAGAGCUAAAGCAGCAGCUCGUUCAAACACCUGGCUCUGCGAAACCCCCAGACUGUUCAUCAGACAAGGCCCAAUCCUCCCCAGGUCUGGAAUUAAACAAAAAAAACUCCCCGUCGAUAUUUAACAGGAGGAGAAAAGAAGUAGAGAUGAGAAACAGAGAGGCCACCUUCACAAUGACUUUCAACUACGAGAGAGAUUAGUCACCGCUUUACACAUCUUGCAGCUUCUUCGUGAAUAAUAAUGGGAAUGGGACUCGAAGGCAAUCUUGCAAGAUCUCUCUGAAGAAUCAUAACUGCAUUCCAAAAUAAACAGAGCUCAGUAAUUGCGGUGUGCUUUAGCAGGAGUGGACGCGAGAGCAUUGGUAGUUUGUUGCAUUCCUCGAGUCUCGGGGAUUUUCUGGCAGCAGAUAUUCAAGAGUCCCCUUUUAGCCAUCUGAGGAAGCAAAAACUAUGAGGAGGGACACUACUCCCUUGUGCCGAAGCAACAAGGUCAGGAGAGUAACCAGAGGCUCUUGACUCCACAACAAACACCUCCUGUGGGACACUGCAUCUUCUGGGACAAGCAAGACCCCCCACGAGUCCUGAUCCAGGAAAAGGGGAAGGGGUUGGCCACUGGGAAGAGGGAAGAACCCAUCUGGCGUUUUGUUUUAUAUAUAUUUUAACUUUGACGCCCGCCAAGGUUUGGCUGAGGCCAUGUGUGUUUGGGGCAUAUUUAUAAGCAGCCGCAAACGAUUUGCUCUCCUGCGCCAUUCAGAAAGGGGCCCUCAUAGGAGUUGGGUCUCCUGAGCUGAGACGUGACUGCUGAAGAUCGAGGAUUGAAAUUUCCGAGGAGGUAGCCAGGCGUCAACUCCUCCAACUUCAGUCAGAACCCCCUUUUCAGGAAGGCCCCCAAACCCAAGCAGGUUACCAUCUCCAGGGGUCUGUCAAAGCAUCCACCCCCCCACCCCCAGCACCAGUUUGCUGCAAAAGCCUUCCCCUCCCAGCCGACUCCCUCUUCCAUCCCCGUCCUGCAGCUGGUCAUCUUUACUCCUCAUCGCUCGAAGGCGAUGCUGCGGCGAGAUGUCUGGGGACGGAGAGGAAGAGCUGUGCCGAAACGCGCUAACGCUGGUCCAAGAACUGUGCUUCGACAUCCGGGAAAACCGCAACAACGAGAAGUGCAUCGAGUUCUCCUACCUCAUGCGCGACCGAGACCGGACACGCCACAUUGAGACAGAUAUAUCAGUCAGCCUCCUCUCGGUGAUUGUAACUUUCUGUGGCAUCGUUCUCCUGGGCGUCUCACUCUUUGUCUCCUGGAAACUCUGCUGGAUCCCAUGGCGGGACAAAGGCAUGAAUCCCCAGCGCAAGGACUCACACCACCUGCACCACCUGCAACACCACUCGCACUUCACCGACCUUGCUGUUGAGCGGGUCGACUGCGGCCCAGAGAUGCCCGAGCGCUCCUACCUCGACCUGGAGUCGUACCCUGAGUCCAGCAUCAAACUGAGCCAGACGUCGCCUGAUAUCCCGGUGGACACCAACUCUGCAACUAAGGAGAACAGCCUCCCGAACGCACACUCCCACCAACAGGUGUCUGCCCUGCCACCAGCAACAAGGUUCAACUCGCUCCCGCGGCCGAUCCCACAGCAAUUGUCCAGCCCGGACUUUGGGAGCCAGACUGAUGAGAAGGUGGAACAGGUGACCAGCAUUGGCCAGAUCAAACCUGAACUCUACAAGCAGAGGUCCAUUGACACGGAGGCAAAGAAGCACCAGAAGGUGAACUGCGGGCGGAUAAACUUCCUGCUGAAGUAUACAUACGCCACGGAGCAACUGGUGGUCAAAGUCCUAAAGGCCCUUGAUCUGCCAGCCAAAGAUGCCAAUGGAUUCUCUGACCCUUAUGUGAAGAUCUACCUGCUCCCUGACCGCAAGAAGAAAUUCCAGACCAAGGUGCACCGCAAGACGUUGAACCCAGUGUUCAAUGAGACCUUUCAAUUCAACGUCCCGUUUAAUGAGCUGCAGAACCGCAAGCUCCACUUCAGCAUCUAUGACUUUGACCGUUUCUCCCGUCACGAUCUGAUCGGGCAAGUGGUGCUGGACAACCUGCUGGAAUUCUCUGACCUUUCCGAGGGAACUCCGAUGUGGCGGGACAUCUUGGAAGCGACAUCGGAGAAAGCUGAUCUGGGUGAGAUAAACUUCUCCUUGUGCUAUCUGCCGACGGCAGGCAGACUCACAAUCACCAUUAUCAAAGCUACCAAUCUAAAGGCGAUGGAUUUAACCGGAUUUUCAGAUCCCUAUGUGAAGGCUUCACUGAUCUGCGAGGGGAGACGCCUGAAGAAGCGGAAGACAUCGAUAAAAAAGAACACAUUGAACCCAAUAUACAAUGAAGCCCUGGUGUUUGACAUACCCAAUGAGAACAUGGACCACGUCAAUGUCAUCAUUGCCGUCAUGGACUACGACUGUAUCGGUCACAACGAGGUUAUCGGGAUGUGUUGUGUAGGAAAUGAUGCUGAUGGUGCGGGUCGGGAACACUGGACCGAGAUGCUGGCCAACCCACGCAAGCCCAUUGAACAAUGGCAGCAGCUUAUUGAGGAAAAAGUCGUGAACAGUUACAUGACAAAAAGUUAUGCCGCUAGUACAGGUGCCACUAAACCAGUUAGCAUCGUGGUGGAGAGUCCUCAUUCUGACUGACAGUUUUACUAUACAUCACAUAAGGGAACACAAGAAGCCAGCAGUGCAUUUUUUUUUAACUUUUCUUCAGUUUAUAAAAUCCUUUCGGCAUCGCAAAUGAGAGAGAAAAAGAAAGGUGGAGGAAUCAAACCCUACAACAUCUGUGUCCUGGCCUGAGGACAGCGAGCAGAAGGAAAUUGGGCAGUUAAUGGGCAGACUCAUCGAUUGACCAAUGGUUCAUUUAAUGACCGUAUUUAGUUGCCACGUGUGUCUGUGUAUUUGGGGUGAUGGUGCCUGGGAGCCCAACGCAGAACCCACUCCGAAAUCAAGGUGAACGCCCGAAAGCGAUGCAACUGCAAAAUUGAAUUUUUGGAGCAAAAACAACUCUGUUUCGAAUGCAUGUUUCAACAUGGAUCCAUGUGGCUUGGGUAUGACAUAUGUGAGCAGGAAAUCGCUGGCCCCCACUGUAUCCAUCCCCAACUCAAAUCCUUCCACCAAUCCCCACCCCAACUUCGGCCCAUAUCAUCAAGUCAAAACAUUAUCCAUUCUCAGUAAAUUCCUGCCAAUUGGCUGGACAAAUGACUGUGCUGCUGGACAUGUGAUCUCGACCCACAAAUUUCAGGAGAACUUGUUUUCUAGCCGGUAAUGUGUUUUUGAAAGCACUUGGGGGCCAAGAGCUUGUAGGGAGCCCCCAAUCCUUUGGUAGCAAUGCAGCAGCUUAGUGAAGUGAGAUCCCACCUAGAGUCAGAUCUCAGGGAGGUGAUGGGGGGCAGGGGUGGUGGUUUGUGACACUGGGGCUUGUUUAUAUUCGAACUUGUCCACCAGAAAGCUGAACUGAUUGGCUAAGACGGUAACUUUGUAUUCGUGACCAAUUUCACUCUCCCGUUAUUGGUGGAAAGUGACUUGGUGCACAGUCAACCUAACCCUUCCACUUGACACCUCAAGGCCAGUUAAGAUUGUCGGCAAAUCCUGAGGCAACAAUCAGGGGAUAGCCAACCUUUACCACAUUUCCAACCCCUCCCCACCCGACCUUCAUAACUCCCUCACAGUAUCCUAUAUCUUUUCAAUACGUGCUCUCUGUGAGUGUUGGCCUCUGGUCCUGUUAUUCAAGCCCAGUUGACGCCCAUCAGAUCCAAAAAGCAGUUUAAAUAAGAGUCUGAAAGAUUUCAUUGAGAUUUUGAAUGGACUUUCACCACCAGUGGAGCAAAUAUCAAGGCUCCAUUCCACCCCUUCCCAUUCUGCUCCACUUUAAUUUCUUGCCAAAGGCCAACUUAAUUCAUUUAACUGCCAAAGGUCACCAAAGAACAUCAGCUUAAUGACAAAAACAAAGUUACUCGAAAAGCUCAGCAGGUCUGGCAGCAUCUUUGGAGGAGAAAACAGAGUUUUUGGUUUCGGGUCCAGUGACCCUUUCUCAGAACAGAUGGUGGCUAGGAAAAAGUCAGUUUGUAUGCAGAAAAUAGGGAGGUGGGUGGGGUAGGGAGUAAAUGAUAGGAUAGAGCCCAAAGAGAGAGAAAGACAGUUGGACAGAUAAAGGAGAUAGCAAGGUGCAAAGCUGGAUGAACACAGCAGGCCAAGAGCAUCAGAGGAGCCGGAAGGCUGAUGUUUCGGACCGAGAUCCUUCUUCAGAAAACUGCCUAUCCAGCUCUACACCUUGUUAGCUCAGAGUCUCCAGCAUCUGCAGUUCCUACUAUCUCUGGAUAGACAAAGGAGUCACUAACGAUCAGGCUGGGAGGGUGAGUAGUUGUUAAUGGGGACUGUUGGUAACUAACAACAGGGAGGCUAUGCGGUAACAAGGUCUGGUGUGUGAGGUGGGAGGCCUGGGACACGGGAGAGUUUAGGCCCUAAAAUUGUUGAACUCAAUACUGAGUCCAGAGGGCUGUAGGGCCUCCAAGCAGAAAAUGAGGUGCUGUUCCUCCGGCUUGCGUUGGGCUUCACUGGAACACCGUAGUGAGACAGAGACACAGAUGUUGGCCAGGGAGCAAGGUGGUGCAUUGAAGUGGCAGGUAACAUGUAGUUCAGGGUCUUUUUUGCGAGCAGAACGUUGAUGUUCUGCAAGGCAGUCGCUAAGUCUACGCUUCGUUUCCCCAGUCUGGAGCUUAAUGACACAAGUUUACACAAGGGGUUUGCAUCCUCCUGGAGUUUGCUGCUUGCGUUCUCGGGCAGAUCACUAACCCCCUACCCCACCACAAGCUCACCCGCCCUGCCAUUGCAAUCUAUCUAUUCAUUAGAAUGUAUAGAUAUGGUUCUUGUGGAGGGUGACAUGUCACCACCUCUGGGCCAGGGGACCCAUGUUCAAUCCCACCUGCUCCAGAGGUGUAUAAAGUGUGUCAAUGGGUUGAUUAGAAAAUAGGUGCUGGGGGAGACUACUCUCAAUCCUGCUUGACAUUCAAUGAUAUUAUGGCUGAUCUUGAAAUUGUAUGUAAUGGGGAAAUGACAUCCUCAAAAACAUCUAACCUUAGGCUGGCAGGAACCAAAAAUUUGAGACUUCAACUAUGGGAAUAGGAACAGAAGGGGGAGGUGAUAGCCUGGUGUAUUAUCGCCAGGCGAUUAACCCAGAGACCCAGGUAAUGUUCUGGGGCCCCGUUUUCGAAUCCACCAAUGGCAGGUGGUGGAAUUUGAAUUCAAUAGAGUACAAUUCAAGAAUUAAGAGUCUAACGGAGACCGUGAAACCAUUGCCUAUUGUGGAAAAGCCUAUCUGGUUCACCUAUGUCCUUUCAGGAAGCAAACUGCGAUCCUUACCUAGUCUAGCCUUCACGUGACUCCGGACCCACAGUAAUGUGGCUAGUAGGGACAGGUAAUAAAUACUGGCCCAGCUAGUAAUGCCCACAUCCUGUGAAUGAACCAAAAAAAUGAUUAAAGUUGUCAGUUAUAUUGUUUAGGAGAAUAGAUGUAAUUUCAGAUUAGGUAGGACUUGCUGAACAAUCCUUGCCAAUAGCUACACUAACAACAAAUUUAAGAUAAUCCGUUGAGUCCGUAAUGUAGCUCAUUUAUGCUCACUAGAAGCAAUAUACAAUGCACAGGGAUCCAUCUUCUGCAAACAAAAAGAAUAUGCUCAAGACUUACCCCGUUUUGAAUUGGGAGUACUCAGUCCAACUAGCUCCCUAUUGCUUUCUUCAUGGCAAUGCGUCAGCCGAUCAGAGUUGCCUUGCCAACCAAUCAGCACUCUUUUCUUAUACAGUAUAAAUUGCUUCAGCAACGUGCCUCUCUUUUCUGCAAAUUCUAAAUUCAAUAGUGGACACUUGCCUUUUAAGAAUCUCCCAAAAAGAAGCAGAGAUAAAUUCUGCAGGAUCCCUCCCAAUCACACAAAUAUUGUACUGCAAAGUUGUCAGAACCCCACCCAGCAUCCACCAAAGCCAUGCAUCAACUGUCUUUCAAUGGCUCUCAUGUCCACCUUUGUGUCAGAAGGUUGUGGGUUUGAGUCCCGCUUUAGAUAUUUAGGCUCCUAUUCUAGGCUGAUGCUCCCAGUGUUGGUGCUGAGAAAGGAGAAAUUAAAUUGGGGUUGAAGUGUCCUCUCUGUAAAAUGUACAAAACAGCUACUGAACAAAAGUCAGAGGUCUCCCUGAUGUGCCAAGCACUAUUAUCCAUUAUCUGCAUCCAACUGAGCCACCCACUUAGUACCAUUUUCCUUCCUGCUCCCCAUAACCUAGCACAUUUUUAAUUUUCAGAUGACAGUCCAACUCGAAUGUUUCAAUUGAACCUGCCUGCACUGCUUUCUAACAGUGUUUUCCAGACCUUAACCACUCAAUGUAUGAAAGCAUUUUUCCUCAAGUCACUUUUGCUUACAUUGAACCAUGCUUUCUCAUUCUUGAUCAUUUCAUGAGUGGGAAUAAUUUCUCCCUAUUAGCUCUGUCCAAGCUCCUCAUGAUUUUAAGAACCUGCAACAAAACUCUGCUCAAUUUUGUCGUCUUCAAAGAAAACAGUCCUGACUUCUCCAAUCGCUCUUCAUCGCGAAAGUUCCCCAUCCUUGAAAACAUUCUCCACUUUGCUGGAAGACAGAGGAAUGUACACGAAAGUUGAGAUGACAGUUGGAUUGGACUCUGUUGAAACCUUCCCCUCCCUUUUUUAUUGUUACUCAUUAAUGGGAUAUGAAUGUUGCUGGCUGCCCUCAUCCCUGGUUGCUCCUGGAGAAGGUCUGAAUCAUCCAGCAACAUGUUCUGGCCAAGGGUGACAAUUUUAGGAGUAGUACCAGAGAGAGAGAUGCAUGAUGGAACUUUAUUUGAGCAGCAUCAGGAGUGGAGGAACGAAAGGCUGAAUGGAAGUGUUGCGAGAUUAGAAAUGGGAGACCCAGCAACCUGACUGUUUCAGCAAUGGAAAGAACUGACACAAGUCUAGGGAUCUGUUUCUUCAGAAAAGAGAGAGCUGAGGACUGACUUGAUAGAGGCCUCCAAACUGAUGACGGAGCUUGAUCGGGUGAAUGUGAAGGUGAUCUUUCCAUGGGUAGAGGAGAGUGAAAUGAAGUGACCUUAAAUAUAUGAUAGUCACUAAUCACCACAUCGGUGAAUUCAGGAGAAAUUUCUUUGGUCAGUGAAUGGUGAAAAUGUUCUCUUUCCAUGGUCAUGGUCACUUACUAAUCUCCUCAUGCUCCUUGCUCUUCAUGAAGGAACCAACCCAGUCGGAUUUCCACUUUUCCAAUGUAUUCCUGAAGUAAUACAACACCCCCUUCCCGUCCAUGACCCUGUUUUAGACAGUGUCUUCAACUUUCACAUAUCUGUAAGAAUUAAAAGUUGCAGCAGCCCUUAUCCUGCUGAAUUCUCUGCACCUCUAGAUAGUUACACAGUGAGUGACCGUUACCCUGUGAAUUCACAUCACCUCCAGGCAGUUAUACAGUGAGUGACCCUUGUCCUGCUGAAUUCUACACAUCUCAAUUCAGUCACACGAUGAGUGAUAUUUGCCCUGCUAAAUUUGUAGUAACUCCGUACAGUUAAAUAUUGAUUGAUCCUUAGCCUGUUGAAUGAAUAGUGGCUCUGUACGAUUGUGCAGUGAAUAACCUUUAUUCAGCUGAAUUCUCACCAUUUUUGUACAGUUGAACAAUGAGUGAGCCUUACCCUGCUGAAUUCUGUGCUCCUCAGUACAAUGACACAGUCGGUGAUCCUUACCCAGCGUUUAAACACAAUGAGCCUGAAGUCCUUGGAUCAGGAAGGAUUCUGUAAUAACAGAGGAGACAGCUUGGCAGAAGAGGCAACAGGCGGGCAGAAUUUGGGCAGGAUCCAAUUCUGCAGUUGUCCCAUUUUUAGAGCUUUGAUAAGUUUCUUUAUUAGAAGAUGAGUAGAGCUUGUGGGAAGAAAUCUCACCCCUAGCCCCUAGCUCCCUAUAGCAUCCCAUGUAACUUACUGUAUAAUUGUAGCAAGUUACAACUGAUUUAGUGGGCAUUGGUUAACUCAGUUUGCCUGAUGGUUGGUUUGCAGUGCAGAGUACCACCUAUGGUUUAAUUCCUGUAUUAGUUGAGAUUACCAUGAAGGUCCUGCCUUCUCAAUCUUACCUCUUGACUGAGGUGUGCUGAUCUGCAGGAUAAACUUGCCACUAGUUGUCUUUCUCUAAUAGGAGAGUGAGACUGUGGCAACUUUGUCUUUUGCUGAUUCGGCAGGGUAAAGAUCACUCGCUGUGUAAAUGUACAGAGUCAAGAUUGAUUCAAAAAGGUAAAAAUUUCUGCAGGGAACCUCACAGCUAGGUCCUUUCCCAUGAGAAUGUAUAACUUCAAGAUUUUAUGGGCAGAGAAAUGAUUCAUAAGUAGGAAGGAAAGAGCAGGGGUUGUAGCUGUGGCUUCGAAAUGGCAGCCUUUUUACUCGCAGAAUGCUAGAAUAAUGCACUGGGACCUCAGCGUUUCGAUUUAGUUUCAACCAACUUUGAUAAAGGAAAAGAAAGCUGUAUAUCCAAAUUUGCUGACUACAACCAGUGAGGUAGCAGAGCAAAUGAAGUAAAUGGGGAAGCAGAGCGCUGCAAAGGGACGUUGAUUGAUUAGGUGAGUAGUGGAAAAACCAUGGCAAACUGAUUUUAAUGUGAGAAGAGGCAGGAUCCUCCACUUCAGAUAAAUGAAAGAAAGAUUCAGAGUAUUUUAGAAGUAGUGAGUGUCCAGGAACUGUCUAGGACGGCACAACUGUAGGAGGUCCUUGUCAAGAAAUCAAGAAAAUCCGUGGACAGGUAGAAAAAUUCUUAAAAUGGCUAAUAGAAUGUUGGCCUUUAUCUCAAGAGGACUGAAGAACAAAGAGGUCAUGGGAAUUACAUUAGAGUUAACACUGCUGGGGCCUAUUUGAAUACAGUUCUAAGGACCUCAUUGCAGCAAGGACCUAUUAGUUGUAGAGGAGGCAUAUUGAAAGCCACCUAAAUCACAUUCAGAUAAAGGAGAGUUCAUGAGAACAUGUGAGGCUGGAUGAACACAGCAGGCCAAGCAGCAUCU